UUCAAUAUUUGUUUGAUUUUGAAUUGCUGUCUACUGACAUAAAAUGAUAAUACAGAUAUAUAAGUUUAAGCUAAAAGGAUCAUUGACAAAGUUAAUGGAUGAUGUGAUUUAGUGUUACUCUCACAGCUACUGUUACACCACUUUAAGAGGUUUUAGCUUAAAGUGAAAGGCUUACAGUUUCAUAAAUCUUGAGAGGCAUGAUUUAAGACAGGCCUAUUGCAACUCCUUUGCUUGAAAACCUGCUGUAAUGUUGCUUAACAAAAAGACAAUACUUCGAUAAAGGAAAAUUGCUAAAAAAAAAUUCAGUUUUAAGUUUCUGAAAGUACAAUAAAUUUCAGGAAUAAUUCUAAAUAUUGUAAAUUAUUUUAUUUCUAUUAAUGUUCAGGAUUUGAUUUUGUAGCUCGUUGUAAAAGAGACAGGAAAUCUUGAUCUUGUUAAAAAUCUGAAUGUGUGUAAAAAGUGUGUCUGGAGACAUAUUCACGGGUUUCAGGUGCUGGAGUGAGUCUUUGUGUAUGAGUGUGAGUGUUUAUUUGAUAAAUGCUGAAUAUGUGUUGGAUUAAAGUGCAUUUGGACUUCUCUGAAGCACACACUAAAUUGUUUUACGAGAAUAAUUAAACUUAAACUCACAACUUUAUAUUUGUUUGGAGUCAUCAUAUCUCAAGUGUGUCGUAUUCAUGUGUACAUAAUCAUUUGCAAACUACUUCCUUUUAUAUUCUGCAAGUAUAGAAAGGUUUAUUUAAAAUGAAAACUAAUAUUAUUUGUUUAAAUAUGAAACAGUUUAUGACAAGAUCAAAUAUAGAUGUUGUGACAAGUCUGUAGAAGUGUAACUAUAUUUUUAUACAUGAAAGAAUCCUACAUAAUAUGAACAUAGAUUGAAAUCAAUGUGAAAUCAAACUUUAUUUAUAAGACAGGAUCACAUAAGGUAUGCGUUUAAUAAAAAUUAAUGCACACCCUAAGAGCAUUUUUUUUAACCAAUCAGAAUGAAGGAUUCAACGGCUGUGGCAUACUGUGUUUUUCUAGUAUUACUUUUAAUGAAUAAUUUUAUUUUAAUCUACUACCAAAUCAAAGUCAAGAUCACCUUUUUAUCACAUUGUAGGCUAUUAUGGUUCUAAGUAACCCCUUAAAAAUGAUAAAUGCCAUCCAUACCACAAAGGGAAUGCUACUGUUUUAUAUCCGACACACAGUAGUGUUUGUCAGAGGAAGCUGAUAAGAUGGGAAUGUUAGUAGUCGUAUGACAUAAACCAGCAGGUUGCACUCAGCUGUAAAAACAAAGGUUGGCCACAACAGACCACUGACAAAUGGUAGAAGAACCUCAUUUGUGAUGCUCUUAGUCUGUUUGCUUGAAAUGCAUUGGAAGUUUCACCCUAAGCAAACUAAAAUGGAUCUUUAUGGUCUAAUAGAGAUUAUUCAUAAGAUUCAUAACUCUACCAGCAAGCUUCUGCACUCGGUUCUGGUGGCGUUUACUGAUCUCACAGCUGGAUUACUUGGCCGUUUGUUUUUCAGGCAGCAUUUUCACCUUCUUCUCUCUGUGAUGGUAAUGUUUGGACCUGUUCUGAGUCUCUGGGUCUCCAAGUACAGCAUAUUUGGCAACAAAAACCAAUACCUGUACAGGGUUUUCCUGCAUUCGUGCUGGGGCUGGACCUUUACAUUAUGCGGCUCAUUUGUAUUUCUUCUCUCGUACUGCAUCAGUAACUCCAUCGUUCAUUCGAUCCGUCAUCUCUCUCGACUCGCUGCGGCUGGCGUGAUGUGGCAGCUCAUCCGUCGUUUGCUGUCUUUCCUAGUGGAUGCCUCUGGAAGCUGCUUUGAGCCACUACAUACCACCACAGUAGCCCAUGGGACACCCAUAGAGAUCGAUGACUCUGACACAUCGUCCAUCCGGGGCCCACUGUUGCUCCUGAGAGGUGAAAAGGGUAAAGCAGCCUGCCUCAAGGCUGGGCUACAAUGGCAGGGGUGUGAGGUAUCAGAUGAUAUUCUGAUCCUAUCCUUCUGUUGUUUGAUUCUUGCUGAGGAAAUCUGUGUUUUUGGGCCAUGCUUGGCCCUAGGGAGACCUCUAGGGUCCCCACUGAGGAUAAUUUUCCUGUUGUGCGUGCUGUUGUUGAGUCUUUGGAUCUUUCUGAUUCUCUGCUUGUUGGCACACUUCCCAUUGUUUCAUUCCCAGAUGGUUGGAGGAGCAUUGGGGUAUCUGGGAUGGAAGGGACUUUACAAGGGCUGGCAUGUUUUGAAGCCAGGUUGGUGCUGUCUUGGAAGAGCAGGAGUUGGACACCACACGUGAAAGACCAUCAAAUGUGCAUACUGACAUUAAUUUUGUAGCCUCUGGUCGUAGCAUACAAAAUAUUAAACACUCAAGUAGUACUUUAAGG